GGUUACCUGUUCAUUUCAGUGCUGGUAAACAGCAACAGUGAGCUGAUUCGUCUGAUCAACAACGCCAUCAAGAAUGACCUCUCCAGCCGCAACCCCACCUUCAUGUGCCUGGCACUUCACUGUAUUGCUAACGUGGGAAGCCGUGAGAUGGCUGAGGCUUUUGCCAGUGAGAUCCCUCGGAUCCUGGUUGCUGGUGAUACCAUGGACAGUGUGAAGCAGUCUGCUGCCCUGUGUUUGCUGCGCCUCUAUAAGACCUCUCCUGACCUGGUUCUGAUGGGGGAGUGGACCUCCCGGGUGGUGCACCUGCUCAAUGACCAACACAUGGGUGUGGUGACAGCAGCCAUUUCCCUCAUCACCUGUCUGAGCCAGAAGAAUCCAGAUGAGUUCAAGACCUGCGUUUCACUGGCCGUUUCCCGACUUAGCAGGAUUGUGUCCUCGGCCUCCACUGAUCUGCAGGACUACACCUACUACUUUGUCCCGGCACCCUGGCUCUCCUGCAAGCUGCUGCGUCUGCUGCAGUGCUACCCUCCACCAGAAGAUGGUGCUGUCAAGGGUCGUCUGGUAGAAUGUCUGGAGACCAUCCUGAAUAAGGCACAGGAGCCACCCAAGUCCAAGAAGGUGCAACACUCCAAUGCCAAGAAUGCAAUCCUGUUUGAGGCUAUCUCACUGAUCAUACACUAUGACAGCGAGCCCAACCUGCUGGUGCGAGCCUGUAAUCAGCUGGGCCAGUUCCUGCAGCACAGGGAGACCAACCUGCGCUACCUGGCUCUAGAGAGCAUGUGCACCUUGGCCAGCUCUGAGUUUUCCCAUGAAGCCGUCAAGACACACAUCGAGACCGUCAUCAACGCCCUCAAGACUGAGAGGGAUGUGAGUGUUCGACAGAGGGCCGCUGAUCUGCUGUAUGCCAUGUGCGAUCGCAGCAAUGCCAAGCAGAUCGUAGCUGAGAUGCUCAGCUACCUCGAGACAGCAGACUACUCAAUCAGAGAGGAGAUGGUGCUAAAAGUAGCCAUACUUGCAGAGAAAUAUGCCGUGGAUUACUCCUGGUACGUGGACACCAUUCUCAACCUGAUACGCAUAGCUGGAGACUACGUCAGUGAAGAGGUGUGGUAUCGCGUCAUUCAGAUCGUCAUCAAUCGAGACGAUGUGCAGGGCUACGCUGCCAAGACGGUCUUUGAGGUAACACUACACAAAAUCAUAAAAUGUUUCUUCAGACCACAACAAGAAGCACAGAAGAUAUUCAAGGCUAACCACGGCAUGGACACAGAAGUUCUUAAGGCAAAGCUCCUGGGACUGGGAUCGGCCCUGCUGGAUGACGUGGAUCCCAACCCUGAGAAUUAUGUGUGUGCUGGAGUGAUCCAGACCAAGGGCCAGCAGGUGGGCUGUCUGCUGAGACUGGAGCCCAACAGCCAGGCACAGGUACAGUGCAACGCUUUGCUCCUGUUUUCCUAUAGUCCAGAUGAUACACGCAUAUCAGAGCCUCACAGCCUCCCAGUGAAGCACACGGUGUUUACUCAAAGUUUGAAAGCAGCGUGGAGAAGUCCCUCAUCUGUGUUAAACUGUGACCCGCCCAGGGAACUGGGACCCGCCCAGG